ACAGGAUGCUUGUAAAUGACUGUUGUUGUCCUGCAGGAGUCUGGAGGUGAGAACCCAGGUCCUCAUGCAUCUCCUGAAGAAAGGAAAGAGAAAGUUCCCAGUCCUCAUCUGAGUCAGCUGGUUAUCCUGACUGCCACCGACACGCUGUACGGCCUGGCUGAGAGAGUCGUCGCCACUGAAUCACUAGUUUUUCUUGCGGAGCAGUUUGAGUUUCUUCAGCCUCAUCUGGACACCAUGAUGCCUUCAGCCAAGAAGCCGUUCCUGCAGCAGUUCUACUCACAGACUGUAUCAACGGCCAGCGAGCUCCGCAAGCCCAUUUACUGGAUCGUGGCAGCCAAAGCCAUAGAUUAUGAGCAGAUGCUGCUGCUGAUGGCUGGAGUGAAAUGGGACAUUAAAGAGAUAAUGUCACAGCACAACGUCUACGUGGAUGUCCUUUUAAAGGAGUUUGAGAAGUUUAACCUGAGGCUGGGAGAUGUGUCAAAGAUCGUGCGGAUUCCUCUGCCUGUGUCUAAUGUGUUAUGGGAGCACUGCAUCCGUCUGGCCAACAGGACAUUAGUGGAGGGCUAUGCUAAUGUGAAGAAGUGCAGUAAUGAAGGACGAGCGCUGAUGCAGCUGGACUUCCAGCAGUUCCUCAUGAAGCUGGAGAAGCUCACCGACCUCAGACCCAUUCCUGACAAGGAGUUUGUGGAGACCUACAUCAAAGCAUACUACCUGACUGAAAACGACAUGGAGCAGUUUAUCAAGAACCACAGGGAGUACUCGAUGAAGCAGCUGACUAACCUGGUCAACGUCUGCCUCGGGUCCCACAUCAACAAGAAAGCACGACAGAAACUCCUCGCAGCCAUUGAUGACAUUGACCGGCCCAAAAGAUAAAUCACUGUCAUCAAAAAUACACCACAAAAGUCACACACACCUACACUGUUACGCGUCCCGUAUCUGUCUUGCGUGGUCUGCAGUUUGUUUGUCAACCAUGAAAACGUUUACGGUUUCUGUUUGCGUUUUGUUAGGAAUGUAAGCAGGACGUGCUGUGACUACAUAUGAAGCGGCUGUAAAAGAUAAUGGGUAAUGAAAGUGUUAUCAGCAUCACUUGAAUCACAACAUGAGUGAAUGUCUCAGGCGCUGUUAAACCCUAAUUUAAGCAGAGCUGUGGAUGAGCAGCUGAAUUUUUCCUUGUUGAGGAAUAUAUGAGGGUUUUGUAGCAUGAGGCUUUUUAAUAUGGUAUAAAGACGUCCUUUAAAGGGACAGUACACUCAAAAAUGAAAAUGUUGUCAUUUAAUCAUCUUCCACUUAUUCCAAACUUGUAUGGGUCACUUUGUACUGUUGAACACAAAAGUAGAUAUUCUGGAAAAUAUUUGUAACUGGUAGCCAUUGACAUCUAUUUCAUUGGGUGUUAAUAGCUACCAUUUUACAGCACAGUUUUAAAGAGUAACUUACUAAGUUUUGGAUUUCACAUUUUUGACUGAACUAUCCUUUUCAAAGAACACUCCACUUUUU